UUUAUCUCUUACAUUGCUUGUACAUGUAUUUCAUAGGCGUUCAUUCUUUAUUUAAACACAAUGAAUAUAAAUAUUGGAAUGACAAAGAUUAUACAUCUACCUUAUUUCUAAUAUUCUAACAAUAGCAUUCAGUUAAAAAUUAUAACGACUUGAAAAUGUUUAAUACUGACUACUUCAUAAGAUUUGCUUUGUUUAUUAUAAUUGUAUGGGAAGUAUGCGGUAAUUUAAACGAGAGCGUGUGGAAGAUAUCAGGACUGGGCAUUCCAGGUUUUUUACGUUAUGAUUCAUCUAAAAACAUUAUUACUGGAGGUGAAUUAUUUAAGACGUUUUGUGUAAUACAAGAAAAAUUGCAAUUUAAAUACGAAUUAGUGACUCCAAUUCCAAAAAGUUUUGGAAGAGAACAAAACGGAAAAUGGAACGGUAUGAUCGGACAACUUUCUAAUAGAGAAGCUGACAUUGCCUUUGUUCCUGUAUUUAUUACGUACGAACGUUUUAUGGUUGUCGAUUACUCGUCACACGUAAGUUUUUCCCAUAUGAGCUUCUUAGUAAGGACUCCACAAGAGAAACCAAAUUGGACUUCACUUAUAAAACCAUAUUCUAAAGAAAUGUGGUUAGCUAUUUUCUUAUCAUUAGUUGUUUUUACUAUUAUAUUUUAUUGGAUCAUAAAAAUGGAUUUUAAGUUAUCAGAAAACAAUAAAAUAUGGCCAAAAUCAAAAGUGUUUUGGCUUCUUUUUGGAUCUCUCACACUUAAAGGGGCUGAAAUAAAUUCACUAAGAAAAUUACCGUCCAGAUUAAUAAUCGGGAUUUGGUGGUUAUGUAUUGUAGUUCUUGUAUCAAGUUACAGCGGUACUUUAAUGUCGUUUUUGAUGUGUCCGUUUCUUGAAAAUGUACCAAAUGAUUUUGAUGAACUGGCAACGGCAGUUACAAAAGGAGAGUAUUCUUGUGCUAUUCCGAAUAAUCAAGCAAUGAUAAAAAUAUUCAUGGAAAGUAAAUCAAGAGGUGGAAGAAUUUUGGCAGAAAACAUUAACAGAACGAAAGGCUAUUUAGUACAAGAUGCUUUCGAAAAGGUUUUAAAGGGAAAAUUUGUUUAUAUAGGCAAUGAAUAUGCAUACAAAAAGCUUCCUCAAUAUGGAGUUGAUAAUUUCAUUUUAUCAGAAGAUUCUCUAGUUACUUUUACCAUGGCGUAUGCUAUAAGAAGAGGAUUUCGCUACAAAAAGGAAUUCAGCGAAGUAGUAUCUCAUAUUUUUGAAUCCGGAAUUAUUCAGCAUUUGGAGAAAACUACUCAUCAUCGACGUAAGAAAGAAUCUGCAAAUAUUCGUUCUUUACAUAUGGAAGAUUUGUUCAGUCCUCUUUUAUUAUUAUUACUUGGAUAUGUAUUGAGUUUACUAUGCUUUAUUGUAGAAAUGUUUAUAGGAAGAAAUAACAAAAGAAAUAUUCGUUCUAAUUUGUAAAAUUUCAAAAUGCAUUGUAAUACUGCAAAAAUAUUUAAAGUACAUUUAUUUUCAAGUUUUAAUAUGUUAAGCUACCGUAUUACGUAGAAUAUAUAAAUACAUAUUUGUUCUUGUAGGAUUUAAUAUAAAUCAAAAUUAAUUUUUAAAAUCUAUUAUUAAUUGUUAUAAUUAAAGACGAAUCACAUCACUAAAAAUUAUUGUGUGAUAUCUCAUAUUGAAAUUAUAAUUUAAUUUAAUGUAUGUAAUUUUAAUUAAUGAGAUUUACAUAAUAGUAAAAAGUAAAAAAUUGUAAAAUUAGAUUUGUUAGAAUUUAUAUAUAAAAUUUUUCUUAAUGCAGCCCAGGGAUGGCUAAUUUUACAGACUUAUCACACCUUGUGUGAUAAGUGAUGAAGAGGAGUUAGAGAUCAAGUGGAAAAGUAUAUGCUUUAUUGAUAUCGAAAAUGCAUUUCGAAUUUAUAGUCCUUCAUCAGUCCAAUCACCAAGCCUAGAUUACUAUACUAUUAAAAAUCAUAAAAGUAUUUUAUAAUCACAAUAAUAUUUUUAAUUAUUUUUACUAAACAU